GCGCAUUAUUCAAUUAUGACGUCACAUAUCUAUGGUCAAUGGAGGCGAAGUGAUGUUCAGCAAGGACGUAAACUCAACAAUUUCUGUCUUUAUUAGCAAUUAGAACAGCUAAGAAAACAUUCCAGGGCUCGACAAGCAGUAUGGCUGCUCCAACUGUUACCAUCUACAAGAAUGGCGAGCCGAAAUUCCCUGGAAAAAAGGUCGUUGUCAACCCACGUCAGGUUAGAAACAUGGACGCUUGCUUGGACAAAAUCACCCGCGAAAUGAAGUUGAAAACUGCUGCAAGAUCCUUGAAAACGCCCACUGGAGGGCAUAAGAUUGAUAAAUUGGAGAAAAUUGAGCCAGGCGGACAGUAUGUGGUCUGUGGAUUGGAGGCUUUCAAGAGAUUAAAUUAUAUGGAGAUAAAACCUGAGGGAAUGAGGCCGACACCGAGGAAAGAAAUCGAGAUAACACCUGUAAAACACAGCAGACUUCAGAUGUCUGGGCGAGCUCGUAAAAGGGCUGAUGCAGAAAAAGGAAACAACAUGGGCAUUUUUGUGUACAAAAAUGGUGAUGCUCUAACUUCUUCGGUCAAGGUUCAUCUUAGCGAUAGAGAGCUUAAGAGCAUGGACAAGGUGUGUGAUUUUAUUACCAACAAGGUUCACUUACAAACAGGAGCUGUUCGCAUUUUAUAUACCAUGGAUGGUGAGCGUGUCAAGGACCCCUCAGAGCUUAGCAACUCUGCCAAAUAUGUUGCAGCUGGCCAUGAAAAAAGGUUCAAAAGGGUUGCUUAUAAUGAUUCAAGCAUCUUGAGCCCAAGAAGUCGAGUGCCCACAAAAACACACUUUAAAGCAAAGAAUUUGAGCAAGACAACUCCAAACAGAACAAAGCCAUCACAUGGCAGAAAAAACAGUGAUCGAAGUGACCGGAAGAUGUCAUCAACAACAGGAAGUAUUAAGGAUGGCCCUGUGCACUCGCCACGAUCUGUCCCACCUUUGGACAGAGCUGAAGAACAGCCAAUUGAGGAGGAGUUGAUUGAUGCCAUUGAAAGUCAGGUGCUGGGGCACAGAGGGAAUGCCGCUCAUGCUAACAACGUGUUCGAGGCGAGCGGAGAGCUUCAGGAACGGGCACGUGAGAUCCAAGAGAACAAAGAAACCAAGGAAGAUAAACCAAUCGAUCUUAUACCGGCUGAAGAAGUUUCUGAGGAGGUUAUUGAAGAAACAGAUGACAGACAGGAUCGACCUGAAGACAAAGAUGCCCAUACACGAUCACGUGAAGACAAAGACAAGCGCGAACGACGAAACUCCAAGAGUAGCAACCAUUCCCUGGAUUGGGUUGAUCACGCAAAGGCCAUCGCAUCUGAUGUUCUUUCUUAAAAUAACGCGCCAAAACGUUUGUCUUCGACAUCUUAAUUUAUUUUUCAGUCUGGAGAUCAGUAUGGCUAUGUUCCUUCAUUAAAAAGGCUCUUUUUAUAUAAGUAGUACAUGAAGUUUAUGUGUCGGUUAGCAUUUGACGUGAAAGGCAGACACUUAUAUAACAAGAUGUUAAAUCUUCUACUGAUACGUUUUAUGUGAUUCGACCCGUCCCAUCCCCUGGGCUCAUACAUAUUUCAUAGUCUACAAGGAUAGCCGGCUUUAAAAACUAAAUUAGGAUGUGACGUAAUAGGACGUAGCAGGAAGACACUUUCAAUGUAAUAUACUUUCGAAUACUUUGUAAAUAUUUGUGUCUUUCGGCCCAGCGUCAACAGGGUCAAAGGUUCCCUGCUAGCAGAGGCCUCUUUUCUUUGUAUUUCGAAAAGAGGCCUCUGCUAGCAGGGAAGGUCCAAGGCGUUCUGAUCGUGCCUUGCAGUUCUUACUUGGAGAUGAACCAUUAGGCAGCUUGGGGUCUGGGAAGAGUACUUUAGAGUGAGGUCACAACUCUUACAAACCACAGGACGUCCGGAUCAGAAACCUGGGUAGGAACGCCUGGGACUAGGCUAUGCAUACAUAUUCAAAAGGUUACAUUUAUGUGCUGGAGGAGAACCAAGUUGGGUAUUCCUUGGUGUUACGGAGAACUUUGUUUUUGGUGCUCAAGGCCUUUGUACUCUAUUCUAUUGUCUCGUUCUAAGGUCUUUGUUUCUGGCUUUUGUUCCAUUGUGUUUUUGGUGCUGGUGCUCCGUAACACCAAGAAACUACCAACAAGUUUGAUUCCGUUGGCGCUUCGCUUUAUAUCUCCCAUUACAAUUCUUUCUCUAUAAAGGUUAAAAUCAAAUAGAGCCAUGUUCAGGGCAUCUGGGCACCGAGGAGUACCGAAAAUGCACAACACGCCAGUUUUAACCUUAAAGUCCGUGAAUCCGACUUGCGUGACACUGUUGUUUUGUUUUUGUUUUGAAUGUUUAGAACUCCCAUCAUUUUGAAAAAUAUAACUUACCCAGCAUUGUUUGAUAUCGUAGAAAUAUAAUCGAGUCGAUUUUAAUGUAGGAUGGAUUGAAUUUCAGCAUGAUUCAAACGGAUUUAAUUCACAUGCAUGGGGUUUUCAUAGCCUACAAAACCACGCGUCACGCAAAUCGGAUCGACUGGCUUUAAGUUCGAUUCACAAUAUUAUACUAGCCUUUUCAUCUGUUUGGCACUUAGAGAUUCGUCAUAAGAAAACUGGACCGAAAGAACAUCUGAAACUUUUUGUCUCCUUCUUUUUACACGCCCCGAUAGAGAUUUUUUUAACGUCGUCCGGUCGUGUUCCCAUCUUCAAGGUGAAAGACCAGAUAUACGUUUUUAAGUAAUGUAUAGUCUAGUAUAGUAUAACUUACAUAGUAUAACACAUUCCUUACGGUAGUUGCAUGUUUACAAGAUUUCUAAUUUUCUACUUAAUGGUUUCACGCAUGCGUCCUGUAUAUAGUCAUUAUUACCAUACCCUGGAUACCAGAGGCUAGGCCGUUGUCUCCGCCUCACGGCUCCUUGGUAAUGAAGCUUGGGGCCUCUUACCCGGGUAAUAUUAUCCUAGAUGAUUUUACUCGGUAUUAUUUUAGAGUAUUUAGCCUAGAAAAUUUCAUAAAAGCUUAAAAGCACA